AUGAGCUCUGAAGCCAUGGAGGCCUCGCCUAUUCCCAUUCCCAAUGCUAAUCGACUUUGCCAGGGCUGGAAAAUAAAUCCUCAUGGGGCGCGACGGUAUUUGUGGUGCUUCGUUCAUCCCAUGCCCCCGCCUACACCAUCACCCGAGCCCAUUUCUUUCCCAUAUCCUGAUCGCAAGGAAGGCUGGACUGUAGGAAAGACUUUCGGUGAGGUCUUCCUCAAGAGGCUAGACCUGUUGAAGUGGACCAAAUCCAUGAAGAGGGCAAUAACGGAUAAUAACAAGAGCAUUGCAGAAUGCAUCUGCAUGCAGCACUGGGAGCAUGUCAAAAACCCGGAUUGUAGGGGUAAAUGCGUGAGUCCGAAUGCAGGCGGGGCUCAACUAGAGGGGGAAUCCAAGAGCUCCGGUGGUGGACCGAAGCUUCUCCAGGAAGCCCGGUUCUGCUGGAUGGUACAAGAGGCUCUAAGAAGGACACGGCCUCAGCGACUCGGAGUGUUACAAAAAUGGGGCCGGAGGCGCCCAUUUUCGUCCGUUCAAGGCGCAGGGAAAAGGAAAGAGGAGGGAGAGGGUCCAUUAGAGGUUACAAUGGUUUCACAGUUGGUGUAA